UGAAAUUGUUAUUGUUAGCUUGUUAGCUAGCAGCCGACCUCGUGAAUGGAGAUAUGACGGAGUAAUAACGUCUUAUUACAUGUGCACGAUUAAGUUAUUACAAACGGAAAGUGAUGGAGGACGGAAACAGGACUGAUGCUGCUUCCACAUCUAAGAGCCACGCAGGCUCACUCCACCUGCAGACUCCAAAAAACGAGGAUACCUACGAAAUUGCUAUCCCCUAUGAAGAAGGCAAUUUUGAGCAGCAAGGAUUUUUCAACCAGGAUGCUCAAAAUUUUGAAGAGUCCCCCCAGACGUCUGCCCCGGCUCCAGUCAACAACUCCUACAUGGUGAUUACUAACCUGCGGACCCAGCUUCAGAUCUCCCUGGAGAAAAACUCAUGGCUGCAAAAAAGAAUUGAGGACUUGGAAGAGGAGAGGGACUUCCUCCGUUGCCAGCUGGACCGCUUCAUCUUUUCCACAAAGAGCCAGGGACAGGAGCAGAAUCAGAGCCAGUACAGUAAUGGUUAUGAACCAAGAAGAUUCAACUGGAGAGCCAGACGAGAGGAUGAGCGCCCAGCAGAGCAACAGAAGUCAGACUCACAACAUUUCCCCUCACGUACAUUUGUCCAGCGAAGGCCUGGUCCUCCUACUAUGAUGACAUCCAAAAACCACGUCUCCAAUCCACUUACCAGUCAGCUAGCCUCCAUUAAUGCUUUAUUCAAUUCCACACAAUCCCAGUCUCUCAUGCAAAACCACAGCCAUAGCACUCCCAAUACCACGGUUGGGGGCAGCAGUGGAAACAGUAACAGCGCUUCAAGGUCAUCCAUAAAUGGCAUGAGUGGACAUGGCAGCGUAGGUCAAGAUUCCCUUUCACUCCUGGGAGAAUCUGAUGAGUACUUGGAGCAGGAAGGCUUCCUGGAUGAGGAGGAGAUGAUCUCAGGGGAAGAUGUCAUUUCAGAUACAAUGAACAGCAAAAUACAUCAAAUAAAGAGGAGGCGGGUCUUCAGAGAGAGGCAGAGAGUUAAAGACGCUGCUGGGGUUCUGUUUCGAUACAAGAAGAUCCUGCUCACAUACCAGCGUUUGAAAAAUAUGUCGAAAGCCUUCCAAAUCCAUGGUGUGGACCGCAACACAGUAGCUUCUACCACACCCAUAGCUGAGCUGCUACUGGUGGCCCCUGAGAAGGUGGCAGAGGUUGGGGAAUUUGACCCAUCCAAGGAGAAGCUGCUGGACUAUGCACGACGCUGCUACACUGCUUUGGAUGAGGAGACACUUAACAGGGUGCAGGCCUUGAAAAAGAAUAACAUGCUUCUGCCCAUAUCCUACAGGUUCAGACAUUAAAGGGAGAGAAAGAGUUAUGUCUUGGAAACUUCAAGGCAAGGCUCCAUACGAGGCACAGUUUAGCCCACAGACAUGAGGAGUCACUAUGCUGUCUCAGUGUCCUGGAUCUGGCCAUGUAAAGUGUGUCUGCCAUCCUUUGGUCUUCAGAAGAAUAAACAUUUUAACUUGUCGUUUUACUGUCAUCAUGUUGUACAAGAUUAUCAGUGUUUUCUGCAUAAGUGUAGGAAUAGCAAAAAUCUUUCUGCUUCACCUGAAAAGGGGGGAACAGUAUUCUUAUUUAGUAAAUUGCAUGUCUUUUCGAAUCACAAUCUGUCUUUGCUAUUGGGAUUAUAUGUUAAGGAUUAUUAAAUGAAGAGAACCAUUUUGGCUCGUUCAUGUUUUGACCAUGACGAUUACAGAAAAACAAAGAUUUUUUCUAUCCUUAACAUUUGGACCAACUGGUAAUCAGUAUUUUAUGGAUGUAUUGUCUAGAUCUUUCUUUAAUCUCACAGUCUAAAUGUUUUAUUAAUUAAAUUAUCACCUGUCUAUGUGCAAGUGUGACACAAUCAAAAAAUGAUAAAAUAAUUAGUUUUCAAUCCCACUUUCUGUGUUUUUUAAAAUUAUUUUGCAGUCCUUUUUUUUUAUUCUGGCCAUUUUUACUCACCUUUACGUCUCUCUUGUGUGAGUAGUUUUUAGUCCGUUCAGUCUCAGAUUAAUGACUCCCUGAACUACACUGAUUUACAUACCAUUUCUGCUGCUUUUAAAGAAUGGGAAAACUUCAAAAAGGACACUGCUAUAAUCAUUAGUAAAGACUAGUUCAGUAUUAUGUGGUGCCUUUUUUUCUGACAGUAGCAUAUGUCUGGCCAAAAGACCCCAGUUUUUGAUUCAAAUUUUAAAGCCAAUAAGUUAAUAUGUGUUUGACUUAGAUGCACUAUAACACAUUUACUAUACUAGCAACAAGAAAUUAUGUCUAACUCUUGAUUUGAAUUAAAAAAAAUUAAAAAAUCUGAUGCUGGUCACUAAUCUACAAGACAAAGUAUCAGUUCAGAACAUAAAUCUAGGAAAGAGCUAGGGAAAAAAAUAUUCAUUUGUUUUUGUUUAGGUGAUAGAAUCUACUUUCUUAAAACUGAAAAAAUAUGGAAUACUGAGAUAUUUCAAUAGCCUUUUCCUAAAAGAAAUCAGACACUCGCACAAUGAGACGGAUACUUUUUCAAACGGUUGAAAUGGCAGUUCAACUGCUUACAGAAUUUGCAAAAUCACAGCUGGUUGCAGUGCUCUAUCAAAGGAGUAAUCUACAAUGAAAGACUACUUUAAGUAGGAUAUGUUUAGUAUAUCUGAGCUUCUCUGGAGACUUGUACAUAAAUGAUUUUUAAGGAAAUUAGAUUUUGCCUUUCAUUCAAUAUCAGAAAUCAGUUGGGGAAAAAUGUGCAGCAAAUGAUAUUGCUGCAAAAAUGUUUUUAUUUUGAAACAUGUAUUUUUUAAUUUAAAUUUAUUCAUUAAAGACCCUGUGAGAAAC